ACAAGAUAGACAGAGAGCAAAGUCCCAUCCUCGCACUAGAUGAGGUGUCCUUAGAAGAAGAAAAAAAAGACCGAGUUUCUUUUGAGAUCACCGUUUAUGUAAUUAUUGAACCUAUCUCAAGUAUGUGUGUGUUGAAAAGGCAUUAGGACCGACUGGUCACAGGUGACCCAUUCAAAACCAGACGACAUACGGAAUAAGAUUCCUGGUGUGGUGGAAAACCCUCAGCUGAAAUAGGGCCUUUAACGGGGUGGAGGCAGUGCACAGCAGCCAGGACCUGUCACAUUACUCUCAGCACCACAGUGGGACCGGAGCACCUGAAUGCAGGCUGUGAGAGCGGGACGCAGAGUGUGAGCAGACCAAACACAGGGAAGCCGGGACGCAUCCGCAGCAGCAACAGAGUCCAACUUUCGGACUUAGGCGAAACUUUUUCCCCUUGAGUCAGGGGGGAUCAUCACAGCUGGGUGUCACAAGAGACUGUGGUUGGCAGUAUUCUAGCUCCUCUGUACCUGGGGAAAAAGAGGAAAUACCAUGGAUAAGGAUGCUCCACUGGACUAUGAGUAUCCAGACCUGGAUCCUCUGCCAGACAAAAUUGAAUCAGAAACAAUUCCCCCAUGUGACCCCACUGCUGAUGACAUGCUCUAUCACAUAUGCAUCACGGCCAUAUCUUUGGUUGUCAUGCUGAUCCUAGCCAUCUUAGCCAGGCGCACAAAGGCUGGCAACAGACAGAAAGGGCUUCCAGGUUUACUCAGUCCUGUCAACUUCCUGGACCACACGCAGCACAAAGGCCUGGCAGUGGCUGUGUUCGGAGUGCUCUUGUGCAAACUAUGGGGCCUGCUCAUCUCCCCAAAUCCCCUGCCCUUCACAACAGACACCAACAACAAACAGAACUGGGUGAUCCUGGGAGUUUUCUACUACCCCGCGCUAUACUACCCUCUCCUGGCAUGUGGCACUUUACACAAUAAAGUUGGCUAUGUUCUUGGUAGCCUCUUGUCAUGGACACACUUUGGUGUUCUAGUCUGGCAGAAAAUAGAUUGUCCUAAAACAGCUUUGAUACACAAAUACUACUCCCUUUUCUCCAGCCUGCCUCAAAUAGCCUGCUUGGCAUUCCUAAGUUUCCAGUAUCCCCUAUAUCUAUUCAAGGGCCUGAAGGGUACAGAAAAGACCAACGCCACAGAGGAUCUGAGCAGCAGUUACUACAGAGACUAUGUAAAAAAAAUGCUCAACGAAAAAAAGUCCAGCAAAAUUGGAGCUUCAAGCACAGACAAGCCUAAACUCCCUCAGAAAAUAGUUGACGCAGUGAAGUCAUAUGUUUACACACCAGAAGACGCUUUCCGUUUCCCACUGAAGUUGGCCAUUUCCGCUGUGGUUUCUAUUAUAACCUUGUUUCAGAUGGGCCUUUUAUUGAUCUCCGCCGUGGUGCCAACUCUCCAGACCGCCCGCUAUGGAGUUGAUGAAGAUAUUGCGAACGUUUUAGCCGGAUUCAGGAUUAUGCUAUCUCCAGACAGACGGGAAGUUGUCAGGAUUGUAGUUUAUUACAUGUGGUGUGUGGAAGUGUGCUACAUCUCAGCAAUGACUCUGUCUUGUUUGGUCAACUUGGCCAUGCUCAUGAGGUCUAUGGUUCUACAUCGGUCAAAUCUAAAGGGGCUGUACAGAGGAGAUAUCCACAACGUCUAUAACUGCCAGCGAAGUAUUAGGGCGUCCAGGCCGGCGCUGGUCUGCUGGAUGGGAUACACCAGCUUCACUGCAGCUCAUGUUUGCUUUGGCAUGAUCAUCCAGACUUUGGUGUUCUUCCUUUGCCUCCUGGUUGCUGUCUUCCUCAUAAUCAUGCCCAUUCUGCAUGGACAGAAUCUGAUUCUGUUUCAGAUCCUGUUGAGCAUGUGGCCCUUCUGGCUGAUGAUUCUUUUGGCUGUGUUGAUUCAACACGUCACUGCGCGCUUUUGCUUUAUCAAAAAAACAGCAGGCACACGAGACUUGGACAACAGGGGUAACCUGUUCCUGCUGACUUACUUGAUGUUCCCUGUCAAUGUUCUGAUCGGGGUUCUAUUGGCUGUCUGGCGUUUGAUUAUCUCAGCCCUCUUUAACAUCAUCCACAUGGGGCGCAUGGACAUCAGUCUUCUUAACCGCAAUGUGGAGGCAUUUGACCCAGCCUACCGUUGCUAUGCUCAUUAUCUGAAGAUUGAGGUGAGCCAGUCUCACCCUGUGAUGAAGGCCUUCUGUGGGAUGCUGCUACAGUCUGUGGGCCAGGGGAACAAAGCUGCGCAGGGGCCACGAGAUGCGGAAGAGGGAAUCCAGCUGGUCCAGCAGGAGAAGAAAGUGCACAAAGUAUCCACUGCCAAGAGGGCCCGCAGACACUGGCAGCUCCUCUACACCCUGGUCAACAACCCCUCCCUGGUGGGCACCAGGAAGCACUUUCAGCGUCAGACCACAGAGAGCUUCCUGAAUGGCAGCCUCAACCGCAGCGCCAACCAGGGGAGCAAAAAGGAGGCGGAGGCCUCGGCCAGCAACUGAACAAGAAUGCGCAACCCUGAUGAAGUAUUGGCGGCAGAGGCUCUGGGGUCAGAUACUACUGUCACACUGCUUGUUAAAACCUGCAGGUAAUGUCUCUGCAUUUGGCAAAAUAAGUGCAUUGUAGCUCCGUGCCUCAUGUAGUAAUGUUCUUUCCUGUUUAUCUGGAGACUGUGAGUCCUUUCUUUGCUCUUCAUGUUGCCCUGUUUGUGAGGGCCUCACUCUUGGGUUUGGAGGGGAAUAGCGUGGGUGGCACUGAUUCAUAUAAACAAAUGUAUUAGAAAUAAUUUUCACCACAUGUAUGUGCUUAUUUUGGGAUAGACCUUCUCUGCACUAGAUUUUAACCUUCAGGUUAAUGAUGUUGUAAAGUGCAGCUAAUCCAAAUGAAUAGUUGCCCAAACUAAACACAUGGGUGUACCAUCCACUGAAGAAACCUGUUUAAGAGGGUAUUUAUAUAGAGAAAGAUAACUAUUUAUGAAUAUACAAAUUUAACUGUUUUAACAGACUGGCUGAUGAAUAUUCUUUUUUCCCUUUUGUUUCCUUGUUUUUUUGUUUGUUUGGGUGUUUUGUUUUUUUCUGUUCAUUGCAUAAAUUCUGUCAAGAUAACCUGUGGAAUAGAAGCUACGAGAGAGAAAAUAUUUUUUUCUUUAAAUUUUAGACCAUUAAAUCUAAAACCACUUGCUGCUACUC